GCCGGGAGGGGCCGCAUGGCGGCGGCGGCGGGCGGGUGGUGCGCGGCGAGCGGGCGGCGGCGGAGGAGGAGGGCGAAAGAGAAAGAGGAGGAUGGCGGUGCCGCAGUGCUGAGGCGGCUGCAGGACGCGCGGGACGAGCUGCUGAGCUCCGGCUUCUGGGCGGCGAGCGCCGGUGCGUGCGGGGCGGCGGCGGGAGGAGGAGGAGGAGGAGGAGGAGGGCGGGGGCUGACGGCUGUCCCCGUGCCCGCAGGAGCCGUGCGGGAGCCGCUGGGCUCGGGGCUGGUUUGGCGCUGCGUGUGCUACGGGCUGGGGCGGUUCGCUGCUUGCCCCACCGCCCGGCUGCAGCUCGCCUUCCUGCUGCUGCUGCUCGAGAUGCUGGCGGUGCCACCCAGCCGCUGCUUCCUCUUCGACCCCGCCUUCUCAGAGCUGGAGCUGGCAGCGCUGGAGGCACUGGGGCUGCGUCUGCUCCCGGAGAACGAGGAGGGCAAGCACAGCAUAAAUGGAUCUCCUACGCUGUUCUACAUGGUGCACUGCGGCAAGGCACUGUACAACAACCUGCUCUGGAGGAACUGGUCUGUUGGUGCUCUGUCCAACAUGGUCAUCAUUGGCAACAGCUUUAAGGGAAUUGAGGAGAGGUUGCUGUCAAGAAUACUGGAGAGAGAUUACUCUUACAUUGCAAAGAUUUUAAAAGGGGUGGAGGAAGUUGCCCUCCCUGCUCACCCUCGGUACUUGGAUACCUUCAAUGACACCUCCAUCCACUGGUUCCCUGCACACAAACUGGAGAGACUUUCUGCUGAAAUUUGGGAGUUCGUGGAAGAGCCAACUUAUGAGGAGUGUGACGACUUGGAGAUCAUCAAGAAGGGGGAGGAAGGGAGCCAGCACGGCCCUGCUCCAGUGCAGCCCUAACUGCUGUCUCUUCCCUCAGUCAUCCUGCACAGCUGAGGUGAUCAAGCACUGAUAGUGCCAUCACCAUCUGCCAUACGUGGCAGCACCUGAAUACUGAGCUUGAUGGGACAUUUUUGUAUCAUAGUGAUUUUUUAUUAAAAAGUGAAAGCUCCACUUUUGACUUACACUCACUGAACUACAGCAAAUUGAACUAAAAACUGCCUUUUAAACCAUCCAUACUGCAUAACAUUUGUUCUUUUGAUUGCUCUCCUUUCAUGCUUUCGAUUCAAAGCCCAUGCCUAUGCUGUGCACGUUUUGAAGUAUCCAGAAGGGCAAGAGAUUUGUGGGAUGCGUAGCUGAAAGCUUUAGAAGCUAGUUCCUAACACACACUUACAAAAGCUUUUUUCACAAGCAGGGGAUUUCAGCUGUUCAGUGCUACUAAAAAAGCUCUUCAGCCAUUCCUCUAUGAAGAAUCAGGCCAUUUCCCUCUAGGAAAAAAAAGCCUGUCGCCAUUCUUCCCUACCAUGCCUUGAGCUAUUGAGUUCCCAUGGCACAUUUUAAUGUGCUGGAAAGAAUUUCUCUUCCAUCUCUGAGAGGCAGGCCAAGUCCUGGUGGUAUUCAGUAGAGAAGGGGCUGCUGUGUGCAGGACACCAUUGAGACAGUAAUUAUCGCUGCCAGGGCAGUGCAGCUGUCAAAGAGAGAAUCUGUUGGUGGAGCCUUUGAGGCUGAUCUGCUGUUGGCCCUGCUUUGAGCAGAGAACAAAUGCCAGCAGUCCCUUCUAGCCUUCAUUUGUCAAGUGGUUUGAAACAAUUAUUGCUGAGUCUGUGUCACAAGUGGCAAUUACACAAGCAUCAG